AUGACAUCAGCAGAGCGUGGAAUGGUUUCUUGUGAGGAUUUAGGCGAGUCUGUGUUGCAAUCGUUGCGGUUAUGUAAGUACGACGUAUCCAAUGAGGAUAUGGCGCUUCUGGCGGACGUAUCGAAUGAGGAUCUCUCUCUUAUUCAAGAGGGAAUGUCAAACGGCCGUGAUGCAAAGGAAAUCUGGCAGGAGCUGCUGGGGAUGCUGAAGGAACGCAAAGAACGUGCCGUUCCUAUUGAGCAUGAUCUUCUAACAAACGAAGAACAAAAGGGCAAAGCGGAGCGGGAGUGCUUGCAGGAUGGCAGGAAGGUUUUGGAACGUGCCCAAGAAGAGGAUAUAGUGCUCUCGACAGGGGGAGAAGCGGCAACGAAAGCUUCCCCCAUCCCAUUGUCGAGUGAGGGGCGUUCGCAAUCUGAAACGAUGCCGAAAAGCCCCAACACCCGUGCACCGGGCUUGCAAGGGGAAUGGGAGGUUGCAGGCGAUGCGAAACUUCCAGGAGAGCGCGAGAACAGCGAAAAAAAUGACGACGGUGGCAUGGUGGAGGAUCAUCCUCUUGCGCUUGGCAAAGAUGGUUGGGCACCGCGAGAUGAUACCGUGGAGGAGAUCGCGCAGAAGGUGUUGCCGCACACGUUAAACAUGCCGCCGAGGGUGAGUGGGGGGGUUUUAAACCGCACCUACACGCCGAAGUGCCCGAACUGCGGGAUGCGGUUUGGGCAGCCCCCUCCAAUGUGGGAAUGCCCAAUGUGUUUAAAAAACGAAGGGGCUCGUUAUCUCGUCUGGCAACCGGAUAGUGAUUCCGUUUUUUGCAUGGUAUGCAGAGCGAGCAUCGGGCGAUGGUCGCGGCAUCACUGUCGGAGUUGUGGGAGGUUGGUAUGCAGCAACUGCUGCUCCGCGCGGGCAUGGAUCAAGGGAUUGGGAUUUAGCUCUCCGGUAAAGGUUUGUACGGAGUGCGCAAAUCAUGCGCUUUCCACAAAAAAUUGA